AUGCUACGAAUAACAACACAGAAUGGGUACGUCGAGUGGGACAAAAUAGACAUAGAUUCCAUAGAUUUGCCACCUUCGGAAGAUAAUUACGGCAUUCCGUCCGACGACGAGGAUUUAACGCAAAAAGACGGCGCAAAUAAAGAUGGGUCCAAAGACGAGAGCUCCAUGAUGAGCACCGCCAUCAUCGUCGAUAAUCUCCCGGAAGUGCCGGAAGCAAAAUUCGUAAAACUCACGAACGUUUUGACGAAAAUUUUCGGGCAAAUCGGGCAAAUCAGGGACGGCGGUUUGCACAUGCCGAUGGACCCGGCGACGAAGAUGUCGUGCGGGUACGCCUUUAUCGAGUUUUCUUCGAGGGCGGAAGCGGACGCGGCGGUAGAGCAAACCGACGGGUACAAAUUGGAUAAAGCGCACGUGUUUAAAGUGAGCAAGUUUGACGAUUUCGAAAAGUACGCGAAGAUUCCGGACGAGUACGUCGCGCCUGAACCGAAACCGUACACGCAGCGAGAAAACACGCAAGCGUGGAUGAUGGACGAGAGAGGGAGAGAUCAGUUUGUCUGCCGAUUCGGGGACGAGACGGAAAUUUUCUGGAACGACGCGCAGAAAAGCACAGCAGUAGAGGAAUAUAAGAGAUCAUUUUGGACGGAGAGUUACGUGCAGUGGUCCCCGAGAGGGACGUAUUUAGCUACGGUGCACAGACAAGGCGUGGCUUUGUGGGGAGGGUCAAGUUUCGGGAGGUUGGCGAAGUUUUCGCACUCGGGUGUGCAGUUCAUCGAAUUUUCUCCGUGCGAGAGGUACUUGUGUUCUGGAUCGGCGCACGAGCCGUCUCGUGGGAACCCAGCAUCGGUAGUGGUGAACUUCUUCGACAUUGCCACUGGACAAAAGUUGAGACAGUUCUCUGGCGCGCAAAAGGAUUUCUUGGCGAGCGCUAACCAAAGAGGAUUCGUGUGGCCGAUUUUCAAAUGGAACGGCUUAGAAUCGGAAGACGUUUAUACUUCUAGUAGCUCAAAGAAUGAUAUCAAAACAGAAGAGAAUGAGAAAGAGAUGCCUGCGUUUUUUGCUCGCUUGGCGAAAGAUGCCGUUCAGGUGUAUCAAGCGCCGGAGAUGACGCUCUUGGACAAGAAGUCGGUGAAGCUCCCGGGCGUCUCCGAGUUUUGUUGGUCCCCUGGAGAGCCAAUUUUAGCGACGUUUCAGCCGGAACAAAACAGUGGGAACGUGCCGGCGAGAAUUUCGUUGAUGCAGUUACCCUCGCGAAACGAAGUCAGGUCGAAGAACUUGUUCAACGUCAGCGACGUGAAGAUGUAUUGGCAAUCGCAAGGCGACUAUUUCGCGGUGAAAGUCGAUCAUCACACGAAAUCGAAAAAGAGCACGUACAGUGGUUUUGAAUUGUUUCGUUUGCGUGAACCUAUGUGUCCGAUGGAAGUCCUCGCUUUGCCGGACAAAGCGGAAAAGAUUGUCGCUUUCGCGUGGGAACCCAAAGGUCAUCGCUUUGCCAUAAUCCACGGCGACGGCGCGAGACCGGAUGUCAGUUUCUACUCUAUGAUUGAAGCCGAAGGUGGUGCGAAGAAAGUGCACUUGUUGAAAACUUUGAAAUCGAAAACGGCGAACCACUUGUUCUGGUCCCCGAAUGGGUCGAUGAUUGUGUUCGCCGGUUUGAAAACUAUGAACGGUCAGUUUGAGUUCUUCAACGUCGACGAGAUGGAAACGAUGGCGACGUGCGAACACUUCAUGGCGACCGAUGUCGAGUGGGAUCCGACUGGAAGAUUUGUCACUACUGCCGUGACUGGUGUGCACCAAAUGGAAAACGGGUACCACAUUUGGACGUUCAACGGACGUUUGUUAUACAAGCAGACGCGAGAACGAUUCUUCCAAUUCUUGUGGCGUCCGAGAGGGAAGAGUUUACUCUCCAAAGCACAAGAGGCGGACAUCAAGAAAAACUUGAAAAAAUACUCGAAGAAGUUCGAAGAAGAGGACGAGAAAAUCAAAAACCAACAAGCGACGAUGUUGGACAAAGCGAAGCAAGAAACGAAGGAGAAGUGGGAAGCGUGGGUGGAAGAAAAGAAGAGAAAAAUCGAAAGCGACGAGUACCAAGGUACGCUCAAAAAGAUCUUGGGCGCCGAAUACGAGAAGCAAGGCGCGGAAAUCGUCACCAUCGAGGAAGAAGAGGAGGAAAUCAUCUCCGUCGUCGAAGAGCCGCUUUAA